UCAGGAUCUGAUUCCCGCAUCACCAAGAGCUAACUUGAAGAAGCGGAGAGUGAUAAGUGCAGACAGCACUGAAGCACAAGGGACCUACACUCAGAGUUUCACGAAGUAUGAACAAGUCUGUGACGUGUACAAGCAGAUCGAGAGACAGUUAGGGCAAGAGGAAGGAGUUCGUCGACUUCUUCAAGAGAAAUUUGGGAAGCAGGAUUUCUUGAUAGAAGAGCUUAAGACCGUGCUCGUCCAAGUGCAAAACGAAAAGGCAUUGGCGAACGCUAACUCAUCCGAGAGUCGUAAGGAGUGCAUGCGGCUAAAAAGGGUGGAAGUGGAAUUGAAGUCCUCUCUUCAACUCAAGAAGCGGGAAGCCCUAAAGUACAGCUCUGAAAGAGAGAAGUUGUUGAAACAAGCACAAUCGUCAGAGGCAGCAUAUCAUGUCAAAGAAAAAGAGUGUGAAGAGCUUGCAUCAGCGCUCAUGCGAAGUCAAGUGGAGGUGGAAAACUAUAAGGAAGACAUGAAGCAGCUCGAGAUUUCCAACUCUUCCUUGGCUAAGGACAUUUCGCGACACGAGGCCAACAUGAAGUUAUUGCAGACAACUUUGGAGCACAGGAAUGAAGAAGUGAAAGACCUCAAGGGUCAUGUCGACAGACUGUCAGCUGAGUUGGCGGCACUUGACAGUGUGAAUGCACUGUCAACGCGAAAUGCAGAUGCCAUUCUGAGCCAGCUAGCCACUUCAAAUGCAAGGCUUGAAGAAGAGCGGGUCAGAAAGGAAGAAACUCGACAGAAACUGCAUGAAGCACGGAAGGAGUGUGACGAGCUGCGUACCCGGGUUCAGCAGAUGGAACAACAAUUAUCAGAGGCAGAAGAAAACAGGAAAAACACGAUGGCCCAGCUCGAGUCCGAGCACGACCAGUCCAAGGAAAAGAUCAAUCAGCUCCUGACAACAUUGCAGGACUUGGAAGCCAGGGCAAAGGAAGCUGGCAGCGAGAAAGAGGAGCUCCAAAAUAAGCUGGAAGCAUUGGAGGAGAAGCAAAGGUCAACAACACAAGAGAAGGAAGGAUUGCAAGCCGAGUUGCAGUCUUGCACCACGGAGCUUAAAUGCACCAAGGAGUCUCUAGAAGAAAAAAUAUUUAUUAAGACGACAGAAAAUGAAAAGCUCUCCGCAGCUGUUGCAGCGAAGACAGAAGCUGAAGCACAGCUGGUCUCCAGUAACGAAACCUUGAAAGAGAAACUGGAUCUGAAUGAAGCUGCAUUGAGCCAAAUGAAAAAACAGCUUGAGACCCUGGAGAACGACUAUAAGGAGUGUCAGGAGAAGCUGUUGUCAACAGAGAAGCAAGCGAAGGACUUGAAGAGAGACUACCAAAGGCAGAUGCAGUCAAAGCAGCUGGAAUUACAGAAGCAUCUCCAAGAGAUUUCAAGGCGCAAUAAUCUCGCUAUGGCAGAGAUGAGGAAAGAGUUUGAGGCAGAGGCAACAAGGAGUGUGGAUGAAGAGAGGAAAAAGGCUCAAGAUGCACUUGAGAAUGCCAAGAAGAACCUUCAAAGCCAAUUGGCAGAAGAGAAGGAGAAGUAUGGGGCCAGGAUCAAAACCCUCCUUGAGAAGAACAAAACGCAGGUUGAAUCAAAGCUUCAAGCUACAGAGGAUUUGGUUACACGGCUAAAGCUCCAGCACAGCGAAGAGGUAGAGACCGCAAAAGCAUUACUGGAGCAACAACAUGCAGAGAGCUGGAAGGAAGGAUUCAGCUGGCAAAGACAGAACGUGAGGAAGCCAUCGACAUCCAGCUAGAAAACAUGACACGUGAAUUCAAUAAGGCCAAAGAGAAGUUGACAUCCAUGGAUCGAGAGUACAAAGAGCUCCAGGAAGUACACAGGGUUGACAUGGACAAGCUGAAGGAAAUCAAUGAGCUGCGGCUUGCAGAGGUAAGGCUUUUGUUUGCAUGCUACGGUUUCUUGUGAUCUUAUGUGGCCAUGUCUCAUUUCCAGCUACAAGCAAGGCUUCGAGGAAUGGAGAAGAAGUGCAAGCAGCAGCAGGAAAACCAUGAAGGCAUGCUGCGCAACUUGCAUGUCGAGCUGGAGAGGUGCUUGGCAGAGGCACAGGAAAAGCUGGAGAAAGCUGACAAGAAAUGCUUGCGGCUUGAGGAGGAGUGCAGGGUUCGUGAAGUUCAGCUCAAGGAGGGUUAUGAGCAACAAAUUGAGGAGCUGCGACAAAGUGAGAUGCGAUUGGAAGAGGAAUGUGCAACAACACGAGUCGAGGCGGAGGGUCAUAUCAGCAAACUGAAGAUGGAACACGAGAACAUGCUGAACAAGCUCAACAUGGAGCACGAGGACAGUCUUCGAAAGGCUCAAAUGGAGCACGAGAACUACGUCAAAAAGAAAGAUCUGGAGCAUGACAGCAUCCUUAAGGCUUUGAAGUUGGAUCAUGAGAAUGCACUGAAGACUCAACGGAUGGGAUUUGACAGUUCUUUGCGGAAGAGGAAGCUAGAGCAAGAGUCCUCUCAUAAGUCACAUCGUGACACCCUGACAGAGGAAACGGCUAAGUCAGGUGAAGCCAAGGAACCCAUGGACGCUAAGGAGGCGGAAUCAGGCAAAAGUCAAGCCGCGCAUCUGGAAAGGAAGCUGGAGGAAACCAUUCCUGUGACCAAUGGAGCAGCUGAAACACAGAAUCUUUCUGCACCGAAGACACUGAAGUCACAGGUAGGUUGUCCGUCCUGCAUCCUGCUAUGACGUUCUCAGGAUGAGCAUCUCCUUACAAACCGUGACUUGACAGAAAAAGCGUUCGGGAAAGAAGUUGAGGCUCCAGCCAGCAGUAGCCACGCAACAGCAGGACCUCGCUUUGGACACGACAGCUCCUACACCCAAACAGCUGGAUUUCGUCAGCAAAGCUACACCUUCGCUUUCCAAGAAGAAGAAGCUGAAGCACAUGGUUACGACUGCAUACAACGCUGACUGGCAGGCUCCCAUCAACGUGGAUGACCCCUACGCCUUCUAAUGCACGUCCACUGCUGCUGUCUUUGGCGCCUCUGCUCACAAGCUCAGCCGCCGUUUCAUUUUUUCAAGUGUCGUUUUUAGUCCGUGUCCAUACUGUUUCAAAUAUUUAAUAUACUCAGCAACAACUC